ACUCUCUCUCAGGGGCAGUUUCCAUUUAGCUGCCGAUGAGAUAUUUAGUCCGGCAGUAGACACGCAGUAAGUUGCUCUAUUAGUAGUUUUUUUUACACGCAGAAAGUGGGAGAGAUUCUUUCGACCAGUUAAUCCGUGAGAAAAGUGUCACAGUUUGGCGCCUUUUAUUGAGGAAAAUAGUUUAAAAGCUGCUGAUCCGAAAGAGCAAAAACUUACCCUGUCAGACCAAACUUUGGGAAACUAUGUCGAGCGUAAGAAGCAUCCUAUUCAUUGGACUGGCGUUCGUCUUUGUGAAGAUCGAAGGGGAUGAUGAUGACGAUUACAGUUUCAACCUAGAAAAUGCAUUAAAAGGCGAUCCAACUCUAGCACCAGUUACAAAACCUGCAUUGCCCGAUGUUCCGUUAGAUUUUGAUGAUGGCAAGAAACCUGUCAAACCAAAGGAGGAUGAUUCUGGUGGAUUUGAUUUGAAUGAUGCUCUUGAAGGUGUAGACAAGUACACUCCAACUGAGGCCCCUUAUAAGCCAGGAGGCAGUGGUGGGUCAGGCCAUCAGUUCAGAGAUGAAGAUCUUGCUAAUGCAGCUGGUGACAAUUAUAAGCCUGACAAGACCAGUUCUAAAGGCCGUUCAGGUGGGGCUGCAGAAGGCUCAAACCAAGAAAGCAGUCAAGGAAACAACACUGGUACCUUAACUGGUAUAAUCAGUGGUGUUUUGCUGACUGUGGUAGGAACCGUGUCUAGCUACAUUCUCUACCAAAAGAAGAAGCUAUGCUUUAAACUGACAGGCAGCUCUGGCGAACAGAACGUGAAGCAAAAUAGUGCUCAAGGCCAACAGGAUGAACCCCAGUCUUAUAACUCUCUUCUGCAGUCUCACCCUGCUAACAAUCCCUAGAAGAUGGCUGACAGUGGAGAAAAUAUCAGGAAGCAAAUGGCUGUGUGGUCCAACCAGGCACUUGACGUCCUACCACAGAUUUAUCUCCUGUUCACUUACUUGUCUUUCCACUUCGGAAUCUUGUUCUGAACCAAUGUGAAUUCAUUUUCACAUUUGAUUUCAAAGAUGUUUGUAAAAGAAGUUUUGAUGUUCCCAAACAGCUAGAUUUUAUACAGUGACACACAAAUGCUAAAGGAACUCAGCAGGUCCGGUUGCAUCUUGCACCACUGGCAUUUAGGGCAGCAGUGAAGGUCCUCCAUGAAUGUAUAGAAGGAUUCAUCAUUGCUGUUCCUGUAACAAUUAUAUUUUGACCAGUCAAGGUUGUUAGCCCUGAGCUGAACCCCAACACCUGGAGGACCGCUGGACCACUCUAGUCUAGCCUGUACCCUUUGUCCUGUUUGGCAUGGGUGACCCUACCACGGCCCAAUUACAAGGACCUGACUCUAGCCAACAUAGUUCUCUGGGUCAUUGAGACACGCAAGCCUCCAAAACCUCUGACAAGGUUGUGGUCCUCUUGGAGGAGGCUGCAUCUACAGAGAGCAAUAAACAGUCGAUGUUUCAUACUGAGACCUUCAUCAGUCCUGAUGAAGGAUCGUGGCCCAAAACAUCGAUUGUUUAUUCCCUUCUGUAGAUGCUGCCUGACCUGCUGAGUUUAUCCAGCAAUUUGUAUGCGUGGUGCUCUGGAUUUCCAGUAUCUGCAGAAUCUCUUGUGCAUUAUAAAGUUGUUUGACUGUAUAAAACACAUCUUCUGUAGAUUAACUGAUGUGCUUAAGCUUUUCUGUUAAAAGUUGGACUUAUAUAUUUUUAGAUGUGAGGAAUAUUAUAGAGCAAAUUGCAAGUGUACACAAUGGAAGGGUGUGGAGUUCACAACCCUGGAGUUGUAGCAAGGUCUAGUUUACAGAAUGUUUUCUUAUAUAUAUUUUGCGUAAUUGUACUAAAACAUGUCAUGCUAAAAUAUUUGUAAAAGGGGGAGAAAUCUGUCUUUUGUGCACAAUCAAUAUGUGAUUCUGUAGUUCUGGUUGUCCUGCCUUAAGACGGAUGUGAUUAAGCUAGAGAGAGAGUGCAAAAAAGAUUCACGAGGAUGUUGCUGAGUCUGCAGGAUUUUGGUUACAAGGAAAAACUGAAGACACCCUUGAUAGGGCUGAGGGAUCAUUUUCUUAGUUUAUAACAUCAUGAGAGGCACAGGUAGGGGUGGGGUUUGUCACAGUCUUUACCUCUCAGGACAGGGGAGUCUAGAACGAGACGGUAGAGGUUUAUAGCGAGAGGGGGAAAACUAGUAGGGACCUGAGAGGCGCGCUUUUCCAUACAGAGAAUGGUGCAUAUAUGGAUUGAGCUGUCUAGGAAUGGGUACACUUGCCACAUUUAAAAUACUUUUCACUAGUACGUGGAAUUAGAAAGGUUGAGACACAUGUGGGCCAAACACAGGCAAAUGGAACAAGCUCAGUUAGACAACCUGGUCAGCAAGGGCAAGAUGGGCAGAAGGGCCAGUUUCCAUGCAAUAAACUCACUGAUCUCUGAGCUGUUUUGUCUUUACUAGAUGUGACUUUCAGAAGCUCUUCUGUGUGCGUAUGUUCCAUGUUUAGCUGAUAUAACAGAACUAAUUUACACUCCUUGUACGUUCAAAGAGCUGAGGUGCUGUGCAUUUGCUGUUUUGGUAAUUGUGUAAAUUUGUUGGAUUCUCCAUAAACAGAACAAUUUAAAUAUU